AUGUCUUCCCAGGAGACGCAGCUCCCCACCAUCCUCUUCACCCCCGGCGCAUGGCACCGGCCGUGGGUGUUCGACCUGGUGCGUGAGGACCUGGCCGGCCGGGGCUACCCUACCGCCGCCGCAGCGCUGGCCAGCGUCGGCAGCACGGACGCGGACGUCGGCCUCGAUCAGGAUGUGGAAGCCGUCCGCGCCGUCCUGCGGGGGCUCGUCGACGCCGGGCGCGACGUCGUCGUCGUGGCGCACUCGUACGGCGGCGUCCCCGUCGCCAACGCCGUCCGCGGCCUCAACUACAAGGACCGCGCCGCCGAAGGACGGAGCGGCGGCGUGAUUAUGGUUGUGUACAUGGCCUCCUUCGCCAUCCCUGCCGGAGAGAGUCUUUUUGACGGCAAGGAGAUACCGUCGUGGUUAAAUGUCACGGACGGCCUUGCCUUGCCUCGCGACCCAAUCUCGAGAUUCUACGCCGACGUCGAGCCCUCCCUCGCCGCCAAGGCCGUCGCUGCCCUGCUCCCUCAGCCUCUCAAGACAGUCCAGGGCACGUCGGGCUUCGAGCCCUGGAACGAAGGCUUCGAGAUGGGUUACGUCUUCGCCGAGGACGACCAGGCCAUCAGCCUCGACAGGCAGAUCGACAUGUCGUCCCAGUUCCCCGCCAGCUCCUUCACCGCGACUCUGACGGCGAGCCACUCGCCCUUCCUCAGCAUGCCCGAGGCUCUUGGUAAGGUUCUUCAACAGGCUGCGGAGGUGGCGGUUGCAAGGAGGGCAAACUGA